CCUCCAUUGGCCGGCCUCGAUUGUGCGUCUAUAAAUUCACAGGAGCCAGUUCUACUUGUAGCUAGCUUCAACCUUAGACAGCAACGGUCGAGAGGAGCAGUCAUGGCGUCCACGAAGGGUCUCCUCCUCGUCGUGCUUACUCUCCUGCUCGCGGCCGCUUUCCUCGUCGCCGGCGGCGCAGCUGGCCGAACUCAGGCCAAGGAGGAGGAGGCCGAAGCCGGCGUGCCACGGGGCCACUAUCACCAUGGUGGUGUCAGCGGCGCCGACGCUCACGGCAGCGGAUGCAAGAUGGGCUGCUGCGGGCGGCGGGACGGUCGCUGCCUCUGCUGCUCUAACGCCGACGAGAUCCCGGAGCCGAUGUACCGGCCGGCGGUGGAGGUCCACAACUGAUCGAGCACCAGACGUUGUGAUGCAGCAGGCAGUGAUGUUGCCCUUCAUACGGACGUGUUGUAAGCACUACUCGGGGUUAAUUAUGGUUUAGCUUGAUUAAUAAUAGUAUCACUCUGUUCCACAUAAACCGUUUUAGCAAAUUAAAAUAGAUUGCUAAAAGGCUUAUAAUAUGAAACGGGGGUGGUAGUACUAGUACUGUACGUGCUAAAAAGAAGGUGGGGGCAUAUCCAUGUUACCAUGUACAGUGUUCUUGUAGAACGCUCUCUUGCAAGUUUUGGUCUGUCAAAUAUAUCCGUUUGACGUCUUUGAGAUU